UAUCAAUUUAUUUGACGUUUGCUCCUUAAUAUAAUGAAAUGGACACUUUCUUAUGUUGGGGUGGAGUGGCCUGUAUGCAGAAUAACAUUAACAAUAAUUAGCUAUGUUGUUACUGUAGGCUAUGUUAACUAGCUGAAUUUAUUAGAACUGAGUGUAGGGACGGUCAUCUGCGACAGUCAUCGUAGACGCAUUUAUUAAAAUUUUCGAAAACACAGGUGAUGGGAUUCGUAUAGGUAAACCCAGAGGUUGUCCAAUGAGUGUGUGGUUACUAUUCAAAAUUACUGGAGCCACGUGUGCCAACAUAGAUUGCAAUUCCAUUAACAUCGGUCAUCAUGCAAAUCUCUGUCACACGCAAUUAAAAUCUCAUUCACACAGUUAAAUUAAUUCCCUGUGUGAGAUACAAAAAUACUAAUUUGAACAUUUAUAUUUUUCACUCAUAUUGUUCCCUCUUUCGUCUCAAAAACCCGCAUUCCAAAAUGUACUCUCCCUGUACGUCUCUUAGGCAUCUUGGCUGUCAGAGUCAUACGCUGUGAUCUUGGUGUUGAUGUUGUGUGCAUUUUUGUGGCUGCUGCUGGGAGAUGUUGACUCAGUUACCAUCUGCAACAGGAAGGUUCCCAGAGUGCAGCUGCUGCUUCACAAUUAAUAACUCAAAAUAGCACAUAUAUUUUGCUGCUGCAUUGUAUAUUUGCUGUUGUGAGUUGCCUAUGCAAUGUACAAUGUAAUGAUGGUGUCUGCACAACAGCUGCUUCAUUGGGAAUGAAGGGAACAUUGUAAUCUAAUAAAUUUAGAUUUAAAACCUCCUUGUGCUAUACAUAUUGUUUGGCAAUGAACAGGGUGUAUGGCGUUUGUAGAAAACACUGGCUCAUGAAGAUUGUCUGAUUUUUCUGAUUCUGUAGCUCAUCGGGGUGGCAUGGUGGUGCAGUGGGUAGCACUGUCGCCUCACAGCAAGAAGGUCCUUGGUUUGUAUCUGGCCUGGGCCUCUCUGAGUUUGCAUGUUCUCUUGCUGGGUUUCCUUCGGGUAUUUAAGUUUCCUCUCACAGUCCAGAGACAUGAAGGUGACUGUAUUGGAGACUCGCCAAAUGCAUGCUGGGAUAGGCUCCAGCAACCCCUGCAACCCUGCUCAGGAUAACUGGGUGAGCCCUUACAGAAUGGCCCGCAGGUGGACCGGUGGCCACUCUGCCCCCGUGCUCUGCGUGGGGGCCGCGGCGGGCCCCGCGAUGGGCCCCGAGGGUCUGCUGGCCUCGGGAGCGGAGGGCGGCGAGGUGACGGUGUGGAGCCAGGAGGGGGCGCCGCUGGCCCAGCUCAGGCUGCGGGCGGGGGAGGACGUGACGAGCGCCGUGUUCUCGUCGGCGGCCCCCGGCUCGCUCUACGCUUCCCACGGCGAGACGGUGAGCGAGCUGGACCCCCGGAACCUGAAGGGCCCGGUCCGGGAGCUCCGCGUGGGCGAGGACGAGAUCAACGGGCUGUCCCUGAACGAGACGGGCACGCUGCUGGCCGCCGCCGACGACUCCGGGGCCGUGCGCGUGGUGGAGCUGCACAGCGGCAAGGUCAGCCGGACCCUGCGCCGCCACACCAACAUCUGCUCCUCGGUGGCCUUCCGGCCCCAGAGGCCACACAGCCUGGUCUCUGCCGGCCUCGACAUGCAGCUCAUGUUGUGGAGCCUGCAGAGAGCCCGGCCCCUGUGGGUGCUCAACCUGCAGGAGGUGGCCGAGGAAGAGGAGGGGUGCCGGCAGAACCCGGGCCAGCUCUUCAACCCGCCGCUGGUGCACUGCGUCUCGGCGGCAGCCUGCGGGAACGUGCUGGCGUGCGCGGCCGAGGACGGGCGGGUGCACGUGGUGCGCGUGGGCGGCGGCUCGGGGCCAGAGCGGCGGACGGCCCUGCAGGCCCACAGCCAGGGCGCCUCCCAGGCGCACUUCCUCAGCUUCCUGUCCCACCCUCACUGGCUGGCCACCGGGGGCAACGACGGGCGCGUGGCCCUGUGGGAUGUCAGUGAGCUCGCCGCCGCCGCCGCCACAGAGGGCAAGGGCAAACCCCGCGGGCCGUCUCGCCGCAGGGGGGGCAGAGGCAGGGCAAAACCCAAAGCACAGGCCCAGGCCCAGGCCCAGGCCCAGCCCCAGCCCCAGCCCCAGCCCCAGGCCCAGGCCCAGCCCCAGCCUCAGCCCCAAGCUCAGCCCCAGCCCCAGCCCCAAGCUCAGGCCCAGGCACAGCAGGAGGACCAGGAUGAGGAGCAGGGCACCAGCGAUGAGCCAGGCCCAGAGACGCCUCCUCCUGCAGGCCCGAGACUCAGCAUCAGCCACGGGGCUAAGGUGAACUGGCUGUGUCCCGCCCUGCUCAAGGGCGAGCCCUGCCUCCUGGUGGCGGACCAGAGCAGCGCACUCUCCGUGUACUCCCUCAGUGCACUGUAGGACCCCUCAGGAGCGCUGCAGUCACCCGUGUGCUCACCCCCGGGGUCCUUCUCAAAAACCAAUCAUCUGAGCACCCUACAGGGCAGAAUUAAGCAGGAGAGUGUUGGGUAGGGGUGAUGUCGAGUGCAAGUGUUAGGGAGGUGUGGUGUCGGGUAGAAGAGAGUUGGGGAGGGGUGGUGUUACUGAGUCCUUACGGUACCCAAGGUCACAGUGGUACCUGAUUGUAUUUUAGGUUUGCGUGAUACGCGAUUCCUAUUUCUCUCAAAUUGUAAUUUGCGCUAUUGGUUGCCAGAAGGCUGGUAUGAGAGAACGAGGGCUGCAGAUGGGUCAUCUGUUACCAGUAAGAUUGUCUCUGCAUCAGAGUGACUAGAGCAACCCCAGCAGCUUUUUCUCUGGGAGAAAAGCAUCUCUCCAUGUCUCAAGAUUAGAAACUGCACUGAAUUUUCCAUUGUCUGCUUUGCCUGCAGAAUAUGUUCAGUGGGUUGCAUUUGUGUACCGCCAUUCUUGGAUUUCAGUCUGCUUUGCAGUGAAUUAAAUAUCUUCUGCCAAUACCGAAUAAAGGUGUCACUGUGUGGAACUG